UAAAUAUGCUUAAAAUGAUAGGAACUAUACCGAAUGAUGCAGACAAGCUUAUGAGUCUACAAUUUUGGACAUACAACGCGGAAGACCAUUGUUCACCUCCAACUCCUUCCUUACCUUGUUGUAGCACACCAAUGUGGCUUUAAGGCUUGUUGUGUGAGUUCCUUCAAUUGAAUCUUCUUUAAGCCCUGCUGCAGAGAAUCUGGGAGACUCAGCCGGUUCUGGUGGUCCCUUGCUAACCUCAAAUGUUGUGGUUGAGAGGAGCAACACCUUUCUCAGUUGGAGACCAUGGAAGCAUUCAGUUCAAAGGACUGUCUGAGUCAGGUGCAGGAGGGCUGUUCCAACCUGUUAUACAAGAGCUAAAGCCCUGGGUCUGGAUGACACAGACAGUCUGUAAUACACAGUCAGACAGUCUGUGGUUCAAACUCUGCAAGGCUCAAGGUAAAAUAUAUAUGGAGAUGCACCGACUGUGUCAGCCUGGGAGCUAAUUCUGUAGCAGGCACUGGGGUCGCCUUUAUAGAUGCAGGUACUGGGGUCAACUUCUGGACAUGGGCACUGGUGUUGCCAUUCUGGCUACAGGUGCAGAAAAUGAUUUUGGAAGGCCCUCCAAGUGAGAAACUGGUGUCAGCAGGGCCUCUGAGGGAGGUACAGGAACUAAUGGCUGACAGCGUUCUGGAGCUGGGGCUGGUUUUAGCCCGGUUAGCUGACCAUUGAGCCGGGGCAGGUAUUGGCCUAGGAGCCACCUGAAGAGCAGGCCCCUGGAUCACCAUUCUGGGUCUAGCAACAGGGUUGUGUUUCUAGGAGCGGGCACUGGAGUAGCCUUUCUGGGUGUGGGCAUGGUGUACACUUUUUGCGCAGGCACUAGUGUUGCCAUUUGCGGUGCAGGCACUUGGAGCUGACUGAAGAGCAGGCGCUGGGAUCGCCAUUCUUGACACAGCUACUACUGUAGGGUCCCCCUAUGGGUGCAGCCUAUUGAGCCGAUAUUGGCAGGGCCUCCAUACGAGGAACUUGUGUUGGCAAGUCCUUCGAGUGAGUAACUGGUGUCGGCUGGGUCAGGGACAGGAAUUGUUGAAAGAUGGCGCUCUACCAGGACCGAUGACAGACGGUAUCUGAUGUAACAUGGAUAAAGGUGAGAUGCUUUAAGACACAGUAUAAAUAUCGACUUCUGACAAUUGGUAAAUGGCGCGUUAUUUGCCUGUUAGUCUAUAGUGCAGAAAUUGGCCGAUACCAAUGUUCAACAGAUACAUCUUUAAUCUCGGGCCACAAUCUGGCCUUUAGUGACAUACCUCAACAGUUCAUUAAUUACAGUGAAAUUUGGUUAAAAAAAAUCCAUUGUGCCUUAAAAUAAAGCCCAAUAACUUCAAUGAUCCAAAGGUUUAUGGGCCUAUGGGUUAGCUGAUAACAGCAAUUGCCAUUUAAAAAAAUCAUAUCUAAUCAUCUUUUUAGACUAACAGUCUGUGAGAAGAAAUCCAGAGAUGGUAAAUGUUUCUUAAUGCUGUUUGAUGACUAUUUCCAACCAAAGUCAGCCAAAAAAGCGAUAACUCAAAGUGUCCUAAGGGGUUUAUUAGUGAGGUAACAAUGAGGUCAUGUUGGCUUGUUUACUUCAGCCCACAACCUGGAAAGGGAGGGCCACUGAGGCGGACAAACAGUGAGUAGCAACAACUGUACAGCUUUGCGAAAGGAUACAUUUGCUGUGAUUUUGCCUCUAUCCUCGUCACUCAUACGAAGUCAUCAUGCACAACACUUGCUCCGACAACUUCCAGGAGGAUCGUCAGUGCUUGGAAUCAUGAACCACAGUGCUAUGUCACUGCAGUAAUUUUUUGUUAAAUUGCUGUAUGUAAAUCUUCAUCUUAGAAUCAGGAAGAGACUCAAGGUUAACUUUCGUCUUUCUAAUUCUAAUUUUUCUUUCGGCACAGGCUUGAUUAACACAGUUUAAGAUUUUUAAGCAACUCAUCGACUACUUGCUAUGAAAAGUGAUGGCUGGUAAUAACUCAUCAGUCAGUGCUGCGCUUUUGGUGAGGAUUAUGACUACCAAUUUAGUUAGUGUUGUGCAGCCCCUGGUGCUGAUUUUUCUUUCCAUCAACAUUUCACUCAUUAUAACCUUUUUCCAGAAGGAGUGCUUUAACACAACUGCACGCUACAUUUUAUUUGCUGUUACUCUUCUGUCAGAUAGUGUGUUGUUAAUCAUCUCUGAUAUCCUGCUCCUCUUGCAAUAUUUAGGACUAACAAUGGAAAUAAGGUUUUGUAUCAUCAUCUGCUCUGUGGUACUUCAUUAUGUAAUUCUCACACCAGUUACUUUGACAACAAUGACCUUGGAGCGCUAUGUAGCCAUUUGCAUGCCCCUGCACCAUGCAGAGCUGUGCUCCACACGCAGCACUAUGCGCUGCAUCCUCAUCAUUAACGGCCUAAGCAUUGUUCCCUGCAUCAUUUUUCUCUCUCUCAUCUUUGCGUUCGCCCCACUCAGCUUUUACUUUCAGUACAAAGUGUGUGUUGUAUCAGUAGUCCUUGUGUAUAGUUGGCAUGACUAUGUUCGUUCAGGGUUGUAUCAGUUUUAUUUCUUGAUUAUGUGCAUCAUCAUUGUGUUCUCCUACAUUAAGAUAAUGAGAGUGGCAAAAGCUGCAUCAGGAGAGAGCAAAAAGUCAACAGGGAAAGGACUCAGAACUGUAGCUCUUCACGCUUUCCAGUUGUUGCUCUGUCUCAUCCAGCUGUGGUUUCCGUUCAUAGAAGCUAAUGUCCUUCAAAUUCAUUUCAAGUCAUUUCUAAAUGUCAGGUUUUUUAACUAUGUCAUUUUUUUUCUCGCUCCAAGAUGUCUGAGUCCUCUAAUCUAUGGCCUCCGGGAUGAAAUGUUUUUCCAUGCUCUGAAAUGCAACUUUUUCUGUGGCUUGUAUAAAAAAUCACCAGCUAAUGGUUUAUAAAUCCAGCUCAUGAUGUUUUUCAAAAAGGAGUGCUUAAAGAUGGCAAAGCUGCACAAGGAAGAAAAGAAGAAACUGGAAAGUAAUUCUUUAUGCUGUUCAGCUGCUGCUCUGUCUCAUCAGAUGUUGUGCACCCUUUAUAGUUGUGAAUUAAUAUCAGGUACUCAAAUGUAAUAAUGUUUUGUGUUACUUUAAGAUAACUGAGUCCUCCUGUUUAUGGCAUCAGGGCUGAAUCACUUUUACUUAGUUAUACUCAGUGUCUUAUUUUAACUGACUGCUGUUAAAGUAACAUUUCAAACAUCAUGGCUCAUUGUUGAUGACUGUACUCUUUUUUUCAGCCCUCCACCUUUAGUCAAAUGUAACAUCAGUUUUAGAUUCUUGCAGCAUGUAAACAGUGAAUGACCCCUUUAUAUCUUGUGAUAUAAACUGU